AUGCUUCAAGAAUGGCAAUACCAACUGUCUGGUAUUGUGUUCUCUCUGGCGGUAGCCCUUCUCACCGAACGAUUGACCGUGAUUCUUAGCAGGCUGCAAUCCUAUUUUCCUUCCUCUGGUUCCUUCUCUGAAUCGGCAUUUCGCAAACGUCAGCUUAUACGCAAUAAACAGUGUGAUCAGAAAGCUACUCAUCAAGCAUUUAGACGUAGCCGACCACCUUCUGCCAAUGCCAUUGGCAGCGAAUUGGCCAAUUACUUGUCUCUGUCGCCGCGUUACUCACGCCAAGGAGACCUUCAACCUCAGCCUCCACCUGUCAGCCCUCAAGUGCUGAAUGAAGUUCUCGAUGACUUUGACAGGUCUUUGGGCGACCUAAUAGAUGAUGAUCAGGUCAACCGAAUGUAUGAAGUGAGUUCCUCGACAUUAGCCCUAUUCUAUCAUUUUUAUGAUGAUACGGUGUGCUUAGAGGCUGUUUGA